GACUGGCGCGUGGUUCGCGGGGCCAUCGGCCAGUUGUGCGCCGCCGGCGCGGGCGGGGCGUGCGCGGAGAGCGGGCGGUGAGGGCCGGGCUGGGCAGCAUGGCGGCCCGGCUGCAGCGCUGGAGGGUGGAGCACCCGGCGGCGGCGGAGGCAGGCCUCCUGCACUACGCCUUCCCGAGGUCCCUGGCGGGCCGGGAGCUGCGGGAGGCGUUCCUGCUGGGGGCCAGCAUCGAGAGAAGGAGCCCGAGGGACCUCUGCGCCGACUGGGGGCGCAGGUUCAGGGAGCUGAUCUCGGAGAUCGCGUGCGCACUGCUGGAGAUGCGGUCACGCCCCAGGAGGAGGAGCUGUGGCGACGGCUAG